AUAUGAUACUAGGCAACGCGUACGAUAAUCCUCAAAAUAUGGAUGAUCAACACAGAUUCGCACUUGCCUUUCUUCAACAGCAGCAGCAACAACAGAUGAAUGCUGCUGCAAUGCACUCCGGUGUGGACCCCUCGGGGGUCAACAUGCACGGGGGUGUUUCUGUCUCUGGAGCGUCCGGAGGGUGGGGGCAUCUUGCACACCAGGGGGUUCCCACUUCAGUAGGGCUUGGCGACGGAUCCGGUCAAGAUCUAGGCCUAGGUUCUCUGGGAAAUAACUCAGGAAUGUUGACGGAAGAAACUAGAAAGCGACAGUUGCAAGAAAUCUUACAGCAGAUUAUGACGAUAACCGAACAGUCUCUUGACGCUGCACAGGCAAGGAAGCAGACGUUGAAUAUCCAUAGGAUGCGCCCUGCGCUCUUCAGUGUCCUCUGUGAGAUCAAAGAAAAAACGGGAACCUUUCUCAACAUGCGUAAUCAGAAUGAUGAUGACGCACCGGACCCGCAAAUAGUGCGUCUGGAUAACAUGUUGGCGGCCGAGGGAGUUUCAGGGGAUGGUAAAUCACCCACUGGCAGCUCUACAACCGGGGGAGCAGGACAACCAGAUAACACUAUAGAACACUCCGACUACAAGGCGAAGCUGGGGCAAAUUCGAGAGAUUUACCAUACGGAGAUGCGGAAGUACCACAUUGCAUGUAACGAGUUCACCUCACACGUUAUGAACCUGUUGCGGGAACAGAGUCGCACCAGACCCAUCUCGCCCAAAGAGAUCGACCGGAUGGUGGCCAUCAUCCAGAAGAAGUUCAAUGCCAUCCAGAUGCAGCUGAAACAGAGCACCUGCGAAGCUGUCAUGAUCCUUCGAUCCCGCUUCCUAGAUGCAAGACGGAAGAGGAGGAACUUCAGCAAGCAGGCGAGUGAGAUCUUGAACGAGUACUUCUACUCCCAUCUCAACAAUCCCUAUCCCUCCGAGGAGGUAAAAGAGGAACUGGCCAAAAAGUGUGGACUCUCAGUAUCACAGAUAUCUAAUUGGUUCGGGAACAAAAGAAUCAGAUACAAGAAGAAUAUCGACAACCCGGGUAGCUACAACCCACAAGACAUUUUGGUACCUCCUGGUAGCACUCCUGGAGCCAUGCCGAGCAGUGGUUCCUCGGCUUCUAUCAAUGGGCCCCCAAGUGGAGGUGCAUCGAGUUCGGCUGGAGGCCCGACAGGUGGUGCCAGUGGCUAUUCCGAUGCGGACCAGUUCUCCAGUGGUCAGCUGACGCCCGUGGGAAGCGAAGAGAAUGCAGCUGCUGCAGCAGCCAUGGCUCAGCAGCAGCAACAGUCGGACGGACACCCUCUGUUCCAAUAUCCUCACUCGUCGGAGAGUUCUAUGGGUGUCAGUUCCUCGUCGACAGGAGGUGGUGCCUCGAUUAGCUCCCUCUUUGACGACUCUGCCUUGGCCAGCUGGGGAGCAUCUGCGCAUGCCCAUCACAGUGCAGCAGCGGCAGCUGCCUCGGCCGCCAAUGCUGCCGCAGUUCAAGACGCCAUUGCACGCUCCUCCGUGAACAACUUCUAGUUUUCUUCUAACAACAAACGCCAUAAUGCUCAGAACUCAACUAUGCAGCUUUGAAAGCAAAUCAGAUCUCCGAUGCACAAUUUAUGAAAGAACGCGAUUGUGAUGCGUAGAAGUAUAGUGAUCCUUUGAGGGGUCAUUUUUGUGUCUAUUUGGUAGAAGAAAAUAGCGCAUCAUAGUAUGGAGCAAUCUUUUGGAGAGAUUUAUGCUCAAGUUAUUUUUUCGGUUGCCUGAAUUUAAUUAUUAAGUUAUCCAGUGAAGUUUUGUUGUUGAAAAAUGUUUGAUAACAGUUUCAAAAGUAAUUGAAUCAUUAUCGUGGAAUUAAAGCAAAUAUUUACGCCGACUGAAGUUUUUACAGCUAGUAGUUGAAUUAUAUGCUUUUGAUACAAAUAUGAAACAGUGAUUAAAUCAUACCAUUGUGCCAUAUACAUAAAAAAAAUUUUUUUUUAAAUUUAUUAACACUGGUUACCUUAGUUCGGUUGAGGCUAAUAUAAUUCUGAGCUUGCAUUGCUACAAAAAAUCAAAAUCAUUGGCUCACGUUAUCUACAAUAAUUGUCUUCUCUCUUGUUAUCCCUUGGUUAAUAUUUCUCCUUAUCGCUGACCUGGUAUAUUGUUGAUUAUCUUCAACAGUUUGAUUAAUAACUUCAAAAUUGCACUCAUUUAGCAUGGACUAAUUUAGUUAUGUUUAUGUGAACUUAAUAUUAAUAGUUUACCCAAUCAGUGGUCUGAACAGGGUUUUGUCGAUUUGAUCAUUAGAAAAAUUUAAUUUUUUCAUUUUUGUAAAUUUGAAGCCAAAUUUUAAACCUCCAACGUUUCCCUCCGUGCAGUCUUAACUUUAGACUUUUCUAAAAUAAUAUCUAUUAGUUAUACCUAAUCGUUUUAAUAUUUCUCAUUGUUGCACAUCAAUGUACUACAUUCUCCUUGUUGUAUUUACUCAUAAAUUAUAAAGUACAAAUAUACUAUUUGUAAUAAAUUCUUGGAUAUGAA